AUGGACGAAAUCCAAGUCGACAAGAAACAUAUUCAGCCAACAGAGGGCAGCAGUCUGGACCAUGAGGCUGCUAAAUUAACGACUAUUGAUGACUAUGAGGUUGAAGAUUUCUAUGGAUCCUCCACCACUCAGGCAUACCGCUUGAAGUCCGAGUUAGUUGGGAAAUGCAUGGAGGAAAUUGGGAUGGGCAGGUAUUCACACCUCCAAAUCAUGAGCACUGCUUUGAGGCAUCGAGAUAUUGACACUACCAGGUUCCAAUGGAAACUAUUUGUGGUUACUGGUUUUGGAUGGAUAGUUGAUAAUUUUGCAUCCCAAGGGAUUGGAAGUGUCCAACCUCCUAUUAAGCAAGAAUUCUCCGGCAUUGUGCAAGUCAGCUACAGCUCCGUUGCAUAUUAUGUUGGCCUCAUCUUUGGUGCUUCAUUUUGGGGUUUGUCGAGCGACCUCAUGGGCCGCAAGCCAGCCUUUAAUUCUACACUACUCAUUGCUGGUACCUUCCUGUGUGCUGCUGCUGGGUCGAUGAACUUUCUCGCAUUUAGUGCACUUUGGGCUGUUAUUGGAACCGCUGCUGGUGGAAAUGUGCCUGUGGAUUCAAUGAUAUUCCUAGAAUUUGUCCCAGGAAGUCAUCAGUAUCUUCUCACGGCUCUCUCUGCCUGGUGGAAUCUGAGCCAACUGAUCGUGUCCUUGAUUUCUUGGGUAUUCCUAGCCCACUUCAGUUGCCCAACUGAUGCUACCCCAGAAACAUGUUCUCGGAGUCAGAAUAUGGGAUGGAGAUACACACUCAUCACUCUAGGUGGCUUAGCCCUCGCGUUUACCUUCAUUCGCAUUUUCGCUUUCAAACUCCCCAAAACCCCCAGGUAUCUCCUCUCUCGGGGAAGAGACCAGGAUGCGGUUAAUGCCAUAAACUAUGUUGCUAAGCAAAAUUGCAAGCCAGAGCCCCUGACAUUUGAGAUGCUGCAAGAAAUCGACGCGCGAUUUGGGAAUACCCCCAGCGAAGGAGAGUCCAACAGAAUGACAACAAAGGAGAUAGUGAAAGAGAACAUGCGCGCCUUCCGAGGGGAGCACUACCGUGCAUUAUUUGCAACUCGAAAGCUCGGAAGACAGACAUUGAUCAUCUGGGCCAUCUGGUUGACAGUUGGAAUUGCAUACCCGCUAUUCUUCGCCUUCUUGCCAUCCUACCUGGCAACAAAAUUCACAGAGACAUCUUCUCUCUCCCUAACAUAUCGGAACUACUGCAUCACGUCGGCUGUCGGAAUAAUCGGUCCGCUAUCAGCCGCAGUAUCUGUAAACACCCGCAUGGGCAGAAGAUGGAUGAUGGCAACUUCAGCCGCUGUGGCAGGUGUAUUCCUCUUCGCAUAUGUCGGCGUCAACAGUCCAUCGGCCGACUUGGCAUUUUCCUGCAUUACCAGCCUUCUAGCUAACUUCGAAUACGCUAUUAUGUAUGCGUUUACUCCAGAAUCGUUUCCGGCUCCUCAUCGUGGCACAGGCUCCGGAACAGCGGCUGCACUUCUUCGUCUCGGAGGGCUCAUCGCUAGUCUUAUUUCAUCUCAUACCGGCUUCACGACUGCGCCAAUCUAUGCGAGUGCGGCAUUGUGGAUUGUUGUAGGCGUGAUGUGUUUGGGAUUGCCUUUUGAGACACAUGGACACGAUGCGCUCUAG